GCCUGCUCGUCGGGCUCCCCAAGCAGCGUGGAACUGAGCGAGGGCGGGGUGGACGUCCUGGUGGAGCGGAUGAGGUCCAUUUCGCUCGUCCAGUCCGACUUCAACGGCAUCUCGGAGGAGCAGACGAGAGUCAGUUUUGAAAAGCUGAAAAAACAGGCAGCCAACAUAUCAAGUCCAAACGUCGACGGCACGGAAGUCUGCAAAUCUCGGUACAGCCACCUGUCCCCCAAUCCGGAAUUCAUGUACGUUGACUUCCACAAGAGAGGAGAGAAGUCGCCCGUGCCCACUAUCAAAUCACAGGACUGUUCAUGGGAAGAACAUGGUUUCUCCCUUGUAAGUGAACUUUAUAGUGAAGUAGCUGAUAUAUUAGACAACAAGUUCAAGACUGCAUAUAACAUGACUUAUUACACCUGUGGCCACAAGACACACGUGGACACUUUCCUCUUCCGUCAAGCUGUGUGGAAUUAUCUUCACUGUUUAUAUGGCAUAAGACAUGAUGACUAUGACUACAGCCAGAUCAAUCAGCUGUUGGAGAGGAACCUGAAGAUGUUCCUGAAGACAGUCACUUGCUUUCCUGAGAGAUUAUCUUCCUUAGAGGCGUCUCCUUUCAUCAUGAAGGGCUUCCUCAACAGUGAAAAGGUUCAUGUGAUGGUCCUGGUACUAGAAGGACGCUUGCAGGCAGAGCUACUCCACGGCUUGCGAGCGCUAGGCCACUAUCUAAUGUGAGCUGCUGGGACGUGGAAGAAGCUGUGAUGUGACAAUGCCUUGGGGAAACUUCCUGGUUUUGUAUACCCAUGAGGGAAGUGAGAACCUGCAUCAGAGCAGUACCUUCAGUUUGGGGAAGGCACACUUAUAGCAAGUGUGAAGGGAAAAUUAUUGUUAUCUCAAAUUGUAUAGAACUAGUUGCAUAGCUACUAGUUGCUGGUCUUCUGCAUUUCGAUAGGGGAAAAGAAAUAGUCUCAUGUACCACAUUGGUAUUAUUGUCUGCAUUGAAAUAUGCACAGUAUGAAACUGAUAUUUGGAAGUUUUUUCUUUUAAAAUCAGCAGACACUGAAUCAGUUUACCAGAUUUUAAAAAAUUAUUAUUAUUAUUAUUUUUCGAAAUUGUUUAUUGAUCAGAUCUGGCAGGAGAGAUUGAUAGAUUGCUGCAUAGCAAGACCAACCAGUAAAUUUGUCCCACUUUCCCUUUUACUGUGUCUUGUCAAAUCAAGAAGAACCUCAGCUGUUUCAGAGAUCUGCUGUUAUUUUGGAAAAUGUCUGUAUAUAAUUAUCUAUUUGGCAUCUUUUAGAUGGAUUUAACUUAGAUAUAUAUGAUAUCCUUUGCUAUGAGAUGUGAAUGUUGCAUAGUAUAAUGUGUAAUCCUGUGGCUUUGCAGUAUUGCUUGAAAGGACUGUAUUUACAUGCUUAUAAACCAUUGUUAUUCAUUGCUGUGGAAGUUUUAUGGGCACAACUGAUACAUUUUUUUUUACCUUUAAAGUACAUGUCAAAUUUUGAAGCACCAGACUUUCUAUUAUAAAAAAAAUAUUAUAUUAAUUUAGAUUUAAAAUAUAUCAAAGGACCCAGUUGUCAGUAAUACUACCAAGUGAUAUUUAAAAAAACAGAUAUAACACAUAUUUACUGGUCAUGUAAUUUUACAGAUGAUAAUUAUUGACAUAGUUGAGUUCAGAAAAUGAAUUUUGGUGCCCAAGGCUAUAUUGCAUGGAGAAGAGAAUGUGUCAUAACAAAUUUUCGAGAAUAUAUUUCUUUAUUGAUAUACUUUCCUAUUACAAAACAGUACAGUUUCCAUUUUUUAUUUGUAUUGAUAAAACAAAAGUAACAAAAGCUGAUAGUUUUUUUUGCAUCUGAUUAUUUAAUGGCUGUUAUUCAUAAACAAAGUCAUACUCUAGCUAUAUGAGCUGUCAUAAGACUUUCAUGUGUUUCACUUUUAAUGGAGUUAUUUGCUGAAUGAUGUUCACAAAGGCCUGUUGUUUUAGAAUAUUCUUAAGAGCAUAGUUUACUGAAUAGCUUCAUUUUACGAAUGCGUAAUAAAGACCCAACAGUAUGAAGAACAACUAGAUUUUUUUCAUAAUGGCUGAAAAUACUAAAGCAAGGUUGAAUUAUAUCUUAUAUUAAAGGUAUAUAGAUGUUAUAGCACUGCUAUAAUAUCAAUAUACCCUUAAUAUAAGCUUCUUACUCUUUACCAUGCAAAUUAUGACCAACUAGUAUCUGUAAACAGCCAGUGUAUAGUGAUUGAAAGAACAAAGCAAUUUUGGUUAUUAGUUAUGGUAGUGUGUCAGAAGUGAACAUGGGCCAUCCUUUUGUUAUGAAAUGAAUGUUUUAUAAGCAUGUGGAUAUUGUAAUUACAGAAGACUAGAACCAGUCUUAAGGGUUUCUUAGAGCAGAAGCCUGAAUUGCAAGUUAUUGUUGCAUUCUUGAGAAUAUUGAUUAUGAAACCAAUUUCUCAAAAGUAUUUUUCUUUUUUUUCAACAUUUAAUGUAAUUUGUACAUAUUUCUGCUGUAGAUAGAUAUUGGCUACUGUCAAGUUUUGAGUCUUACCAAGUGCAUUCUCAGCAAAAGAAGAAUAUAACUGAAAACUGCCUUCCAUUCAAGUGAAUAUAAUUAUUUUAUGCUAUAAGUAUAUUAGAUGCACUUCUGUUGUAAAUCAGUAUGUAUAUAAACAUAUAUGUAUUAUUAAAUAUUGUUAAAGUAUGUUGAAUAUAAGAUCUGACUACACAAUGGCUGAAAGAGAUGGAAAAUAGUCUCAAUUAUUGUAUGGAAUGGUUAUUCUGAUUCUUCUGUCCUUCACUGUAUAAGCACUGUUCGAAUUAUGGCAAGGACAUCAGUAUUGGUUUUAAUAGGUCCCAUGCUGUGAUCUGAGCUUUCCAAAUAGGCAUGGAAACAGAGUACAGAAAAAGUGAAACUUUUUAUUUCAUGAUGUAUGUGAAUAAUGAAAUUUAGGAGGGAAGUCAUUAUUAAAAAUGGGUUUUGCAAUUUUUUUUUUUUUUUUUUUUUUUUUUUUUUUUUUUUUUUUUUGGUUGUUGAGCUUGCUAUGAAGAUGAAGUUGUUCAGGUAAACUAGACCAAUAUAUCUGAUUAGCUGAGCGAUGUUUGCACAUAGCUUAGAAUAUUUGCAAGGUAAGUGAAGGAUUUUAUUAAGAAAUUUUGUAAGGGACAGUCAUUCACAGUUACAGUCUGUCUGUUUCUACACUUUGUUUUAGAUCAAAACGUCAUGAAAUGAGAUGAAUAGAAAUUGUUUUAUUUAUUUGAUUUUAUUCUUUCUUGUUUUUUCACUUAGUAAGCAGCUGAUUUAAGUGCUUCUAAGUACCAUUUUUUGUUUCAUAUUAGUGAGCUUUUUCAGCCUUGUGAUGAAUAAUGGUAGUAUGGUUUGUUUAAUAUCUCCAAUCUUUACUUGUAGGUAGUUAGUUAUAAGUCUUCUAUUCGAAGUUAUGUUAAUUAAACCAAUCAGUUUUAUUGCUCAAAGAUGAAGGUGACCGCCUGGUAGUUUAUAUACCACCCACCCCCACCCCCUGCCAAAAAAAUAUACAAAUAAAAAUAUCUCCAUUUGCCAGUCAUGGUGCUUAUAAGUGAACAUACGUUUAUGUUGAGUAUCUUUAGGUUCAUGUUCAUGUUGUGAGGUAGAAUGCUUGGGAUUUGAAAUGCCCCCUGAUUCCUACUAUAGUGUGUGAUAAGAUAUGUGUAUAGUUUUAAACAUUUUUUUUUUCUUCACCAUCUUGUCAGUGUCAGAAUAUGUAGCUGGUUAAAGUGUUUUUUUUUAUCUAUUAACAGGUAUUAUUUUUAUUUAGUUUUCAUCAUUAUUAUUUUGUAGUUUAACACAUAAGAUUGAAUGUCAUAAUUUGGUUUAUUCUCUGUUAAAAAUCAAAGUUCUUUUUUUUUCUUUUUCUUUUUCUUCAAAGCAGGAGUAGGGUAGUCAAAAUAUAUAUUGAAGAAAAUAUAUAGAUAUACUUUAUUUCAUUUCAUUUUCUAAGGGUACUUCAUGUUUCAUUUUCAACAUUUUUUGCAUUUGUCAAAAUUUCACGUUUCACUUGUACAUUUUUUUCAUGUGUUUUAUCGUUACCAACUUACAUAAGCUCUCUAUGAAACACUCUGUUAAGGUUUUUUCAUGUUUUUUUUUUCUUCUUGAUUCUUCUUAUUCAUAUAGAUAACUCCAAAAGACCACUGGCUCAAAAUUCCUUCUGUGCUAUGAUGUGUCUGUAAGGAUGCUUGUGUGUAUGUUUGUAUCUUAAUUUUUAAGGUUACCAAUGUCUUCUUAUAUUCUGAUUUAGAAAGGCGAGGGGAUAAUUUAGCUUCAUGUAGGCUGUGAUACCACUGUUGUUUUGUCACAUCCUUCGGACUUUGUUGGAUAUUUUUGAUGAAUUGAGAUGCGGAAGAGAUAUUGGUAAUUCUGAUCAUUUGGUUUCAUCUGCGGGUUGUUCUGAUGUCCUCAGGGUGAUGCUCCAUUACCAGUCAUGUUCACUUGAAUGUCUUGUUAUCAUUUGUCCUUGUGUUGCUCAAACAUUUUCCUUUUUUCUGUUGCAUAUGGUUGUAUUUGUAAUUUCUAAGAUUUGUAUAGAGCUCAGACAAUGUGAUGUUUUCCUAAAUAGAUCGUCAUUAUCAGCUAUUCCAGAAAAGGAUAGAUACAAAAGAAUUCAAAUGUUUUUACACAACUUGUUCAGCGAUCGGAGUAGUGCUGUACUUGUACUUGACGUUUGACGAGUGUACACUGAAAAGGCUAAUGUACUUCCCAUCUUCCCUUAUUAGUGAAUAUGUAAUUCUCUCACAGUGCUGUAGAACAAUAUACUUUUGUUUAUUAUGAAAUUAAUGACAAGGUCUGAGCUUUACAUAACCUCUGCCAACUUUGCCAUCUCAUCCUUUGCAUUUGUAAUGGAUUAUUGCUUCUUAAAUAAUUUCUGAAAUUUGGGGAGCAUAUUAGUUUCUUUCUUAAAUUUUUAUUUAAAGAUUCAUGAUAUGGCAUUUACUGCUUCUGCAACGUGCCAUGUACUACUACCUUUUCUAAUGUUUCUUUUAAUGUGCUACAUAUAGAACUAGGCAGCUAUUUCUAACACUUCUAUUACUAUUACUAUCAGUGAUACUGCCACAGGGAUGAUGAGAAUAAUCAUAUUGAUAAUGCUAUUUUCGUUUUAUUUUCUUAUUGAUAUUAUUCAUGUUAUACUUUUAUUUUAUUAUUGCUAUUAAUUUUUGUAAUUAAGAAACUAUAUGAUGAACUAUUUUUUUUAUUUUCAAAAUUAUUAUUGUUCUUAUACUGCUUAGCUACUACUAAUUAUUAUCAUAACUACUACUGUUAAUAAAAAAAUCACAAAAAAAUCCUAAUAUUCAUCAAAAUUGUUUGGGAUUCUAAGAGUACUAGAUUGCUGAUAACAGUGGUGCCCUAAGGGGUAGAAGUACUUAAUGUUGAAUUGAAUUUGUCAUUGCAUUUUGUAAUGGAAGAGGAAAGAUGGCAUUGAAAUUAUAUCUUGAAAGUACUUAUGUUGCCCCAGUUCAAUAACGAAAGGAGAGUUGUACAGACAAGGAGGUUCUGUUGAAGGCUAAAUUCAUUUUACUGUGAUUUCAGUUGAUACAUGAAAGGAUGUUAUGAAGUCAAGAUGGCAGAGGAAUUAUGUUUCACUGAUAAGGAAAUAGCAAAAACUGAGCAUCUGGAGUAAGGAAAUUGUUUAGGGAAACCAUUCAAAUGUAAUUUAAUUUGUAAAAUAUUAGAGGCUGCUAAGAGGAAUUGUAUGUAUUUGUGCAGGUCAGUAAGUUGUUGAAUAACUAAAAUGUACAACAUGUGAUCACAGGUAUUAAUCUGUUCUGAUGAUUUCAUUAAUUAUGACUUGAUUUCAUUGGUGAUAACAGGUAGUGCUUUAGAUAUGGUAAAUGCUAUUCCUUUGGAUUAUUGUAAUGCACAAACAUAAUUUUUUUCUUUUUUUUCUGGUAUUUGAGAUUGGCACAUAUUUACUGGUAAUAGAGCUGGCUGAAUUGACACGGACAAGUACUUUUUCUUUCUAAACAUAUUUUACCGGAUAUCCUAAAGAAUUUUAGAGUAAGACUAUGUUUUACUGUCUCCAUUUUCUUUUUCUAUUUGAAUAGAAUAACAUUAAAGGAGACUAAUGUGAACAUUUUACAAUAACUAUUAUAAUAGCAUUCUUAUUACAGGUCAUUUUUAGUGUUGAUUUAGAUCCAUAUGAUUAAGGAUUGUUCAAAAGUUCCAUUUAUAUAUUAAAAACAGCCAAGGUAAGAAUAUGUUACAAAGAAUAUAUAGCUGAAUUAAAACAAACUGAAAAUCUGAAGUACAGUUAAGUAAAAAAAAAAGAAAAAAAAAAAAAAAAAGAAGAGACAA